AUGAAAGGCUUUAGACAGCGAGUUCACGAACAGCUCUCUCGUGCCAAGAGCGAAAAGUCAACCAAGAAGAAAGACUCGAGUUCCGGCACCUCGUCGCCGUCGCAUGGUGCUUCCAACUCGCCAUCGGGCUCCGCACACGCUACCCCCUCCUCCUCCCAGACCCAGCUGAUAGACUCGCGUAACAAGCCUCUUCCCUCGGGUGAUGGUGCGGGAACCCCGAAUUCACUGCAGCCUGGACCGCCGGGCGCGCCCAAUUCCUUGGGCGGCGGCCCGCAUUUCGGCGGACAGCAGGGCAUGAUGGGCAUGGGCGGUGCUGGCAGCGCUGGCGCUUCCGGCCCCGGAACACCUCACAGAGGCGGCCAACCGUUGGCGCCCAGUGUGAUCAUCAGUCCCAGUGCUCCUCACAUUCCUCCACCGGGCGCGGCCGAAACCAUGCCUGGCGAUCUCCUCCCGCCUAAGGCAGGGCAAAAGUCCUUGAUAUUCGACCGUCUGCAAACUACGCCCAAGGAUAACGUGGAGGGCAUUCGGACGCCUAAGCGGCAGCACUCGUCAAGGUUCGACAUCUCAGAUCAACGCCAGCGUGAACUAGAAAAGCUCCCAGGAUUCCACGAGGUGCCUCCCAACAAACGCGAGGAGCUGUUCAUGCAGAAGAUUGAUCAGUGCAACAUUAUCUUCGACUUCAAUGAUGCGAGCGGGGACAUGAAAUCGAAGGAGAUCAAGCGUUUGGCAUUGCACGAGCUGCUCGACUACGUCGCGAACAACCGUCAAGUCAUCACCGAGAGAAUGUACCCUCGUGUGGUGGAGAUGUUCGCGAAGAACUUGUUCCGACCCAUCCCGCCGCCCAUGAACCCGCAAGGGGAGGCUUUUGAUCCCGAAGAAGACGAGCCGGUGCUCGAGGUCGCAUGGCCGCACAUCCAGGUUGUGUACGAGUUCUUCCUCCGCUUCAUCGAAAGUCAAGACUUCAACACCAACAUCGCCAAAGCGUACAUUGAUCACAGCUUUGUGCUGAACCUCCUUGAACUGUUCGACUCUGAAGACCCUAGAGAACGUGACUUUCUGAAGACCACCCUCCACCGUAUUUACGGCAAGUUCCUAAACCUCCGCUCCUACAUCCGCCGCUCGAUAAACAACGUCUUUUUCCAGUUCACGUACGAGACCGAGCGCUUCAACGGCAUCGCAGAACUCCUCGAAAUUCUUGGCUCCAUCAUCAACGGUUUCGCCCUGCCGCUGAAGGAGGAGCACAAGCUGUUCCUUACCAGAGUGCUGAUACCCCUACACAAAGCAAAGGGCCUCAGCAUGUAUCAUCCGCAGCUGGCCUACUGUAUAGUGCAGUUCUUGGAGAAGGAUGCGGCCUUGACCGAAGAGGUAGUCGUCCUGGGUCUGCUCCGAUACUGGCCGAAGGUGAACAGUACCAAGGAAGUCAUGUUCCUGAACGAAGUGGAAGAUAUUUUUGAGGUCAUGGAUCCUGCCGAAUUCGCAAAGGUCCAAGAGCCGCUUUUCAACCAGCUGGCGAAGUCGGUUGCCAGUCCGCACUUCCAAGUCGCCGAACGAGCCCUCUACUUCUGGAAUAAUGAGUACUUCUGCAAUCUCGUGAGUGACAACGUUGAGGUCAUCUUACCCAUCAUGUUUGCUCCCCUAUACGAGAACUCGAAAGGGCACUGGAACCGAACCAUUCACGGCAUGGUGUACAACGCCAUGAAGCUCUUUAUGGAAGUCAAUCCGCAGCUGUUCGAUGAUUGUUCGCAUGACUACGCCGAAUCCCAGAAUAACGCCAGCGAGCGGCAGCGGAACCGACAGAGCCGAUGGGAGAAGCUCGAGAAGCUGGCCGAAGCACGAAAGAGCGGAAAGCUGGCUGAUAACAAGGCAGCAUCAACGUCAUCCAAAGUUAGCUCACCGAUCCGAUUAGACGACUCGGAUCCGCUGAGCCAGGGGCGACUGGAGGCGCUUCGGCUCCAGGACGACGGGCUGGCGUCCAAAGACAGGCGGCCGAAAGACUUCGAGCGACAGAGCAGCCAGACUUCGGUACGUUGA